GUUCCUCCGGGCCUGUGUGUGUAAAAUAUGUGAACAAAUUAAAGUACCUACUAUGGGCCGCGAGCUUUGUAGACGGUCUCAUUUAAUCUCAAUGGGCAUAUGAGGUGAGUGUUUUACUGAAAGAGAAAAUAACUCCCAGAGAGACACUUGACUCUAAUCCACAGAGGUAGUUAUCAGGAGGGACAGGAGUCAAAAAUCUCUGUGGCUCAAACCCCAAAGCCUGUGCUUGUUCAGGGCGCUGCAGAGCUUCACGAAUCAGCGGUCACCACUGCCAGACGCUUCCGUGAUGUCCAGCACCCCGAAUCCUCCUGGAGAUAAAAUUUGAUGCUGGAACCCUCCUUCUUAGUACACACCGACUCAUUUGGAGAGAUCAGAAAAAUCAUGAGUGCUGCAUGGCCAUCCCUCUCUCCCAGAUCGUGUUCAUCGAAGAACAGGCAGCUGGAAUUGGGAAGAGUGCCAAAAUAGUGGUUCAUCUUCACCCAGCUCCUCCUAACAGAGAGCCUGGUCCAUUCCAGAGCAGUAAGAACUCUUACAUCCGACUCUCCUUCAAAGAACAUGGCCAGAUCGAGUUUUACAGGCGUUUAUCAGAGGAAAUGACACAGAGGAGAUGGGAGAAUAUGCCAGUGACCCAGUCAUUACAAACAAAUCGAGGACCCCAGGCAGGAAGAAUAAGGGCUGUAGGGAUUGUGGGUAUUGAAAGGAAAUUGGAAGAAAAAAGGAAAGAGACUGACAGAAACAUUUCUGAGGCUUUUGAAGACCUCAGCAAGCUAAUGGUCAAGGCUAAAGAAAUGGUGGAGUUAUCAAAAUCAAUUGCUACUAAGAUUAAAGACAAGCAAGGAGACAUCACAGAAGAUGAGACCAUCAGGUUUAAGUCCUAUUUGCUGAGCAUGGGAAUAGCCAACCCAGUGACCAGGGAAACCUGCGGCUCAGGCACUCAGUACCACAUGCAGCUGGCCAGACAGCUGGCUGGAAUAUUGCAGGCGCCUUUAGAGGAACGAGGGGGAAUAAUGUCACUCACAGAGGUGUAUUGCUUAGUAAACCGAGCACGAGGAAUGGAACUGCUCUCACCAGAAGACUUGGUGAAUGCAUGCAAGAUGCUGGAAGCACUGAAGUUGCCUCUCAGGCUCCGGGUUUUUGACAGUGGUGUCAUGGUGAUUGAGCUUCAGUCCCACAGGGAAGAGGAAAUGGUGGCCUCGGCCUUGGAGACGGUUUCAGAAAAGGGAUCCCUCACCUCGGAAGAGUUUGCCAAGCUCGUGGGCAUGUCUGUCCUCCUGGCCAAGGAGAGGUUGCUGCUUGCAGAGAAGAUGGGCCAUCUUUGCCGGGACGAUUCAGUGGAAGGCUUGCGGUUUUACCCAAACUUAUUUAUGACACAGAGCUGAGGGUUUUGCAUUUGAAAUACUUCUCAUCCAUAUACUUGCAUCAUGUAGAAGUUGUAUGACACUGAGCUGAAAGUAAACUCGGAUAAACGGAA